AUGUGUACGCCAACGGCAAAGCACCUGUUAGCAGGAUGCGUCGUCCUUUCAACAUGUUCAGUUGCUGGGGCGCAGAAUGCGUCUACGCCAACAACGUUCUUUGCCCCUCAAUUUACCAUUCCUGCAUCAGCAAAUGACGCUCCCCCGGUGCUGCCCAACAUCAGAGACCCAAUGGCAGUCGAUGCGCAGACAGUCUGCCCCGGAUACGUCGCGACCGACGUCCAGAAGACAGCUACUGGGCUCACAGCUGCUCUUCACCUUGCUGGUGCCCCUUGCAAUGUGUAUGGAACUGACAUUACGGCCCUGAACCUUACCGUGGAGUACCAAGCUUCGGACCGGUUGCAUGUCGAAAUCUUGCCAACCUUUAUCCACCCAUCCAAUGCUAGCUUCUAUAUUUUACCAACGAGCCUUGUUCCAAAGCCUAGUGUCGCAGCCAAUGUAAAGUCGGAUUUGGAGUUUUCUUGGACGAAUGACCCGACCUUUGCAUUUACUGUCAGCCGUAAAGGAACAGGCGAGAAGAUCUUUUCGACUGCAGGCACGAAGUUGGUAUAUGAAAAUCAGUUCAUAGAGUUUAUCAGCGCCCUCCCAGAAAACUACAAUCUCUACGGGUUGGGCGAGUCGAUUCAUGGCUUAAGAUUGGGGAACAACUUCACGAAAACCUUCUAUGCUGCAGACUCUCCAGAUACUGUUGAUACGAACCUCUACGGAACUCAUCCUUCCUACCUUGAGACCCGUUACUACACCACGGAUGCCAGUGGUAACUUGUCGUUGGUGACAUCCAACGAGAGAACUCCCGGCAUGAAUUAUACUUCCCUGUCACACGGUGUUUAUUUGCGUAAUGCCCAUGGGCAGGAUGUCCUGUUGCGACCAGACAAUAUUACGUGGCGUACUAUUGGUGGCAGCAUCGAUCUCUACUUCUUCCCGGGUCCCAACCAGCCAGAGGUCACCGCUUCGUACUUGAAUGUGGUAGGACUACCAGCUCUACAGCAAUUCUGGACAUUUGGCUUCCAUCAAACCCGAUGGGGGUAUGAAAACAUCAGUCAGCUUCAGGAUGUGGUCGAUAACUAUAGUAAAUUCAAGAUUCCGUUGGAGUCUGUUUGGUCCGAUAUCGACUACAUGAAAUCCUACCGGGACUUUGAGGCUGAUCCGGUUCGCUUUAACUAUACCCAAUGGGCAGGAUUCAUAGGUCGUCUUCACGAAAGCGGACGAUAUUAUGUCCCCAUCAUUGACUCAGCUAUUUACAUACCCAACCCAGAGAAUGAGACAGAUGCAUACCCUGUAUUCGACAGGGGAAAUUCGGUGGGAGCCUUUAUCACCAACCCUGACGGCAGCCUCUAUAUAGGCGAUGUGUGGCCCGGAUACACAGUUUUUCCCGACUGGCUGUCUGAGGGGGCUGGGCCAUGGUGGACAAACGAAUUUGUGGAAUUUCACAAGCAGUGGGCCUUUGACGGCGCGUGGGUCGACAUGAGUGAGAUCUCGUCCUUCUGUGUUGGAAGCUGCGGAAGCGGCAACCUCACCUUGAACCCCGUUCAUCCUCCUUUUGCACUGCCAGGAGAGCCACAGGCUCUGGUCCUCGAAUACCCAGAGGGCUUUGAAGUGUCUAAUACCACGGAAGCUGCAUUUGCAUCUGCAUCUAUCUCCUCCUCGAUGAGCGCCUAUCCAGCUACAUCCACCAGUACCUCCCCAUACUACCGUACCACCCCGACUCCUGGUAUUCGCGAUGUGAACUACCCCCCAUAUGCUAUCAAUAAUGUCAAAGGUCCCCUGGGUGUUUCAGCCAUUUCCCCUAAUGCCACCCAUGCCGAUGGUACGUUGGAAUAUGAUGUUCACAACUUGUGGGGUUUUGGCAUCCUGAAAGCAACCUACAAUGCUCUAUCUACGGUCUUUCCAGGCAUCCGUCCCUUCAUCAUUGGCCGUGGGACUUUCGCCGGUGCUGGGUCAGUUGCGGGCCAUUGGGGUGGUGAUAAUUAUUCCAAGUGGAUUUAUAUGUUCUAUUCGAUCCCACAAGCUCUCUCCAUGUCUCUUGCUGGCAUUCCCAUGUUUGGUGUCGACACUUGUGGUUUUGCAGGCAACUCUGAUAUGGAGCUGUGCAGUCGUUGGAUGCAGCUUAGCGCCUUCUUUCCAUUCUACAGGAACCACAAUAUCCUCUCUGCACACAGCCAGGAAGCUUACGUCUGGGCUUCGGUUAUCGAUGCAAGCAAGUCUGCGAUGAGUAUUCGCUACCAGCUAUUGCCAUACUUGUACACCCUCUUCUAUCAUGCCCAUACCCAUGGCCAGACUGUCAUGAGGGCGUUGGCCUGGGAAUUCCCCAACGACCCAUCUCUUGCCAGUGCCGAUCGUCAGUUCUUGCUGGGUCCUGCUAUCCUUGUAAUUCCUGUACUCGAGCCCGGUGUUUCAACGGUAAACGGCGUAUUCCCAGGCCUGAUUGAGGGCAAGGAGACAUGGUAUGAUUGGUACAAUGGCACUGCCGUGCCUGUGCCGGCUCAGGCCAAUACCACCAUUGAUGCUCCGCUCGGUCACAUCCCGGUUUACGUGCGCGGAGGAUCUGUUCUACCACUUCAACAGCCCGCUCUCACCACCAGGGAGGUGCGGACAAGUCCCUGGGACGUGGUCGUUGCGCUGGACAAGACGGGCCACGCAAAAGGGGAUCUGUAUCUCGAUGACGGUGUCAGCACCACGCCGAAUGCCACACUUACUGCAGCGUUUACUGUCCAGGGUCGCAAGUUGAAUGUUUCCAUUAACCAAGGUGGUUGGAAGGAUAAGAACGCUCUGAGAAAUAUCACCAUCUUGGGUGUGAACGACGUCAAUGAAAGUAGCGUUGCAUUCAACGGUCAGAAGCUCAAUACGACGCAGGUCACAUUUGAUAAGGAGAAGAGAAUCUUGCGGGUCUCUGCCUUUGCUACGACGGCCUGGAAGGGCAAGGGUUGGAGCCUGCAGUGGUAAAUUGGCUCAAGUCGUGAUAAAAUGCGGAUGGAAUUAGAACAGAAUUUGUCCGGACAGUAACUGGACUGAAGCAGAC